AUGGCAGAGUUAAAUGGGCUGGAGGAAAGAACGCUUACCUCAGAUGUUGAUAGAAGGCAGAGACAACAUGAAGGGAACACAAGGGUAGCAAUUUAUUUUGACGCAGCUUUCGACGGAAGAUUUUCCAAAUCGGCUUCGGGUCUGGUGGCUCGGGGAUUGAUGGGCGAGAUUUUAGCCUCGAUGACAGUCCUACACACCGCAAUGUUGUCCCCGUUCAUGUCAGAGGCACAUGCAGGUUUACAAGCCGUUAAAUUAGGAAUUUCAAUGGGUUUUAACUCAAUAGAAAUUGUAGGGGAUUCAAGAAUGGUAAUUCAAAAAUGUAAAUCAACAGCGUCAGAUAAAUCAGUUAUUGGGGCAAUUAUUAGAGACAUUCAAAGCAAAAAAGACCAUUUUCAAGAAAUCAAUUUCCAGUUUGUUCAAAGAUCAGGAAAUGGUUGUGCCCACGAACUCGCGAAAGAAGCAUUAAAAAGGGGAGAAGAACAGUACCUGGAGGGAGCAGUUAUAGUCUACAAUCGACGCGAACAAGAGGAAAGAUGGCCGAGGCACCCAGAUUGA